CUUUUUCUUCACAAUAUCCUCUUUCGGCGACUCCACAGCGAAACCCCAAUUCUUUUUUCAACUAAAUUAAUUAUUUUACCAAAAAAAUUUGACCCCCACAGACCAUACCCAUCAGCCACCACUUUUACUCAUUCCAAUCAGUGAAACCCACCAUUGUUUGUCUCUCAGAUCUGAGCUUUUUUGAGAAAGAGAGAGGGGGAGAGUUCUGGGUUCGAACGAACUAUGGAUGAGAAGCUGAUUCAGAGAUUGGAGUCGGCUGUGACUCGGCUUGAGGCCUUAUCUACUGGAUUCCGGCCCGGCGGUGCACCGGAGAGCGGUGAGGAUGCGGUGUCUGACCCCUCGAUUCUUGCUUUUGACGAUCUGAUGGGACAGUAUGUUGGAAGGGUUACGACCGCCGCCGAGAAGAUUGGGGGGCAGGUUCUGGAGGUUACUAAGGUUUUGAAAGAAGCAUUUUCUGUUCAAAGGGAGCUUCUCGUUAGGGUCAAGCAAACUCAGAAACCGGACAUGGCAGGUUUAGGUGAAUUUCUGAAGCCAUUGAACGAAGUUAUUAUAAAAGCAAAUGCACUUACAGAAGGAAGGAGAUCUGAUUUCUUCAACCAUUUGAAAGCUGCAGCUGAUAGUCUAUCUGCUUUAGCUUGGAUUGCAUUUACUGGCAAAGACUGUGGUAUGAGCAUGCCCAUUGCCCACGUUGAAGAAAGUUGGCAAAUGGCUGAAUUUUACAACAACAAAGUUCUUGUAGAGUACAGAAACAAAGAUCCAAAUCAUGUUGAGUGGGCCAAAGCUAUGAAGGAGCUCUAUUUGCCGGGUUUAAGAGACUAUGUCAAAAGUUUUUAUCCUUUGGGACCAGUAUGGAGCGCUACUGGGAAAAAAGCUGCUUCUGCUCGUCCUAAAGCUUCUGCUCCUUCUAAAGCAUCUGCACCAAGCGCUCCAGCCCCACCUCCACCUCCCCCAGCUUCGCUCUUCAGCUCUGAACCUUCUCAGGCUUCAUCUUCUAAGCCAAAAGAAGGGAUGGCUGCUGUUUUUCAAGAAAUUAAUUCUGGGAAGCCUGUAACUGCAGGUCUGAAGAAAGUAACAGAUGACAUGAAGGCAAAGAAUCAUGCAGAUAGAGUUGGUAUUGUGGGUUCCAGUGAGAAAGGUGGUCGUACAAGCUCUCCUUCGUUUUCCAAAGCAGGUCCUCCAAAGUUAGAACUUCAAAUGGGUCGAAAGUGGGUUGUUGAGAACCAAAUUGGAAGAAAAAACUUGGUGAUUGAUGAUUGUGACGCCAAACAAUCUGUAUAUAUUUUUGGAUGCAAAGAUUCAGUUUUGCAGAUUCAAGGGAAGGUCAACAACAUAACUGUUGACAAAUGCACAAAAAUGGGAGUUGUAUUCACGGAUGUUGUGGCUGCAUUUGAGAUUGUAAACUCCAAUGGGGUUGAAGUGCAAUGUCAGGGUUCUGCUCCAACUAUUUCUGUGGACAAUACUGGAGGCUGCCUACUUUAUUUAAGCAAAGAUUCUUUGGGGACAUCCAUUACAACUGCCAAGUCCAGUGAGAUCAAUGUUUUAGUUCCUGGUGCAGGGUCUGAUGGUGAUUGGGUGGAGCAUGCUUUGCCGCAACAGUUUGUUAAUGCGUUUAAGGACGGGCGCUUUGAAACAACUCCAGUCUCUCACUCAGGAGGCUGAAUUACAGUUACAAACAGAUUCUUUCUCUUUUCUACAUUUUUACUUCAUUUAUUUCCUUUGAAUGGAUGGAGAGUGGCUUUUGUUUCCAUUUUUUUCCCUUGAUUCAAUUGUCACAGUACAUUACAUCUGGUGCUUGACAGUGUCUUGUUUCAUUGGGUUCUCUUUUUUUCUUUAUUCAGAAAGUUUGGGGUUUUUUUUUCCCUUCAUACGAAUAUUGGCGGUGUUUAUGGGGAUGACAUGUGUUAUGAAGCUUUAUAUUUUCUUGUUUGUGCUGUAAUGAGAAUCUGUAAUAUUCUACUUUUGGUUUGAGAAGAAAACAGAGACAGCAGUUCUUCCCUACAGGUUCUGCACUGUUCUUGCCAACCUGCAUUUUUUAGAACAGAAGCUCGAUUACCGAGGUUUCGGUCGCCCUCCAAAGCAGAUCAAGAACGAGUUUGGGAGGACGAAAGUGGUGCAUGAAGUACCAAGGAAGCAGCAGGUACACUAAAUAUUGAGAUGUCUUUAUCAAAACCUUUUUUACACUUUUUCCUGGUAAUGGAAAUGUUGUAUUCUAUUGAACUGUUGGAUAUUACUGAGAUUGAAAUGGAACUUUGAGAAUGCCAUUGAUGAGUCACA